AUGUUGUGGCUGUUGGCGAUUCUUAUGAUGAAGUACUUUAAUCGAACUGAUGAAGAUGAGGCAGCUGGAGAAGCAGAAUACCAUCGUUUUUGGGGAUGGCAAAAAGUUGUUUUAACUUUAAUUUUACUUUCCCAAUUAUCUGCUUUUGUUGCUAUAUGUACAGGUGACAACAAGGUACAUGUUGCUAUAUGUACCUUGUUUCCCUCCAUCGACUUUUUGUUUUACAAUUUCAAUUUUUAUUGCCAGUUUGUUUUUAAGAGAACAAGAAAAAUAAUUUUUCUUAAUUUAAAGUGUUACUUUCAAUGUUGUCUGAUGGAGUUUUCUUUUUUUCUGCAAAUCGAGAAGAUAUUCGUUUUAUUACUGGAACAAAUAAUUGGUUAUGCCUUUUAUUUACAUGUUGGGGGUACUUUUUGUUGGUUAAUUGCUUUUGUUUGUGCAAUUACAACAACUUAUAAAUUUAUUAAAGAAUAA